CGGUAUUUUUUUGUGAUGGGGAUUUCCAGAGGAAGUGCACAGCAAAGGGGCUUUCCAUUCGGCGGAGAACCGACAUCAACACUGCGGGGAUGCAGCGGCGGCGGCGCGACUCCUGCCAAAAUGUCAUUUUCUUUACAUUUCUGCGAUAUUCGAGUGUGCACGCCAACCCAGCAGUGGUUUUACCGUUUAGUGGCGUGGCUGUAGCCGCGCUUUUAAACACUCAUGACGGUUACUAGACCUGCGGUUACACCGUUCACGGGGCUUUCGCGUGUGUGAAUGCCGUUUACCGAGGCGGAUUCUGUUCAGCUUGCCCAGAAAAACGGUGCUGUUGGAUUGGACGGCGACAAGGAUAUAAUACAUGUGAUGUCCUCAGGGCGGAGUGGGGAUGGGCGUGAGGUGCAGCUCCCCCAGCAGAGGGCGCCCUCCCUGGCGCAGAGGCCCUGGAGUGAGCCCGGCUUCCUGCCGCUCCAGGGCGGCUUCAGGGACCGCUUCCUGCUACAGCCUGAGCCCAAGUACUGCUGCCAGGCCUGCAGGCUGGUGCUGUGCAGCCCGCGCCAGACCGAGUGUGGACACCGCUUCUGUGAGACCUGCAUCGCCGAGCUGCUCAGAAUGCCCCACCCUGUGUGCCCUGCUGACAUGGAGCCACUCUUUGAGGACAAGAUCUUCAGGGAUGUGUGCUGUAACAAGGAGAUCAUGGCUCUGAAGGUGUACUGCAGGAGUGAGAAGAACGGAUGCAGAGAACAGAUGAGUCUGCAGCAGGUUACGGACCACCUGACGGUGUGCCCGUACUUCGAGGUGCCGUGCCCCCUGGGGAAGUGCAAGGAGAGGAUGAUGAGGAAGGACAUGCCCGACCACCUGAGCAGGAAGUGCCGGCACCGCGAGGCGACCUGCGAGUUCUGCCAGCACAAGAUGGCCCAGACCGAGCUGCAGAAACACAAGGACACAGUGUGCCCCGCCUUCCCGGUGGCCUGUCCCAACAGCUGCACCUACUCCUCCUCUAUCCUGCGGAGCGAGCUGCAGAGGCAUCAGCAGGACUGUCCCAAAGCCCAGGUCACCUGCGCCUUCCACCGCUACGGCUGCACCUUCAAGGGUCUGAACCAGGAUCUGAAGGAGCACGAGUCCAGCUGCGUCUCUGAGCACCUGCGGCUGAUGGUGGCCAAGAACACUACGAUGGAGGCAAAGGUAGAGGACAUUAAGGGUGAUCUACAGGAGCGGUAUAAGGUGCUCCCGGGGCUGAACGCACGGCUGAUGGAGGUGGAGACUCGGCAGGAGGAGAUGAGAGAGAAGAGCCGACAGGUGGAGCAGAAACUGACCAACAUGCAGAAGCAGCUGAGCUCUCACUCGGAGAAGCUGAUGGAGCUGGAGAUGGAGGUGCGGUCUCUGCGUGUGGUGCGGGAGGAGGUGGACACCCUGCGGGGGGCAGUAGAGAGCAUCCGCACACGCGUCACUGCCCUGGAGGGGGGGCGAGGACCCCCCAACCCUGGAACACACGCGUACGGCUCCCUGGAGACGCAGCUCUGUCGUCACGACGACAUGCUGAGCGUACACGAGAUCCGGCUGGCGGACAUGGACCUGCGCUUCCAGGUGCUGGAGACGGCCAGCUUCGGCGGGACGCUCAUCUGGAAGAUCCGCGACUACAAGCGCCGGAAGCAGGAGGCGGUGGCGUCCAAGACGCUGUCGCUAUACAGCCAGCCCUUCUACACCGGCUACUUCGGCUACAAGAUGUGCGCCCGCGUGUACCUGAACGGCGACGGCAUGGGCAAGGGCACGCACCUGUCGCUGUUCUUCGUGGUGAUGCGGGGCGAGUACGACGCCCUGCUCACCUGGCCCUUCAAGCAGAAGGUGACGCUGAUGCUGAUGGACCAGGGCCCCGCCCGGAAACACCUGGGCGACGCCUUCAAGCCCGACCCCACCAGCAGCAGCUUCCGCCGGCCCACCGUCGACAUGAACAUCGCGUCCGGCUGCCCGCUGUUCGUGGCCCAGACCGUGCUGGAGAACGGGACCUACAUCAAGGACGACACCAUCUUCAUCAAGGUCACCGUGGAUACCUCCGACCUGCCCGACCCCUGACCUCCCACCUCUCACCCCACCCAGCAGCUGGUGGGCCAUGUGACUAACACAGCUCAGGGCACCUGGAGGGAGGGAGCGAGAGAGAGAGACAGAGAGAAGGAGAAAAUGGAGGGCUAAUGAGAGAGAGGGAGGGAGAGGGCGAGAGUUAAUGUGAGAGAGAGAAAGGGAGCGAGAGAAGGGGAAAAUGGAGGGCUAAUAAGAGAGGGAGAGAGAGAGUUAAUGUGAGAGAGGGAGAGGGAGCAAGAGAGGGCGAGAGGGAGAAGGAGAUGAAUUUUAAUCAGAGAAAAAGGGUAAGAGGGCUAAUGAGAGAGUGAGAGAGGGGGAGAGAGAGAUAUAAAGAGGUUACUGAGAGGCAAUGAGGAGAGAGUGGUUCAGCAUUGGAGAAAUGGAGCGAGAAAGAGGGGGGAGGGAUAGAGAAAGAAGAUGAAAG